AUGACCCUUCCCCCAGGAUUUAGGUUCCAUCCGACGGACGAGGAGCUCGUCGCCUACUAUCUUGACCGGAAAAUCAACGGUGGGAUCAUCGAGCUCCAAGUCAUACCAGAGAUUGACCUCUACAAAUGUGAACCAUGGGAUUUACCUGACAAAUCUUUGUUGCCCAGCAAGGACAUGGAGUGGUACUUCUACAGCCCACGGGACAGGAAAUACCCAAACGGGUCGAGGACGAAUCGGGCCACCCGGUCGGGCUACUGGAAGGCCACCGGGAAGGACCGGACCGUGCAUUCUCAAAAGCGGGCCGUGGGCAUGAAGAAAACGCUGGUGUAUUACAGGGGCAGAGCGCCCCACGGCAUUCGAACUGAUUGGGUUAUGCAUGAAUAUCGACUCGUGGACUCUACAGUACCUGGCGCCUUCGGGUCAUCUCUCAAGGAUUCAUAUGCACUCUGCCGGGUUUUCAAGAAAAACGUAGUCGUAACCAAGACUAGCAACAAACAACCACUUGGGCCGGCCGUCCUCGAUCAAGUGAUGUGGGACGACGAUAGCGUCGGGCCCACGCCUGAGACGUCACAAAAUCAGAUGGAAAAUAAAAACAUGAGCAAGAGGAACCCGUCCGAGGCAUCAUCCUCGGAUCUCACGCAAGGGACACCGCGGGUUGGUACGAAAGAUGCAGAUUCAACGGCUCAGAUCGCAUCAGACGAGGUCAACAGUUCUGCCGAUAAGUUCUACUGUCAUGGCAAUAAUACCCAAAGCAUAUCUAAUUUCAUCCAGGAUUAUACGGGACUGAUUUACGAGACCGGGUAUUCACCUCUGGCUCUAGAGGACUUCCCCCAAACUGAUCUUAUAACAGAGGAAGAGAUUUAUUACCUAUGUUCUUCACAUGAUAACAUGUUGUGUCCAAGUUAUGCCAAAUCCAACUGA